AUGCUUUAUGAACUUAAUUUUAAUGCGCUGCUGCGGCGUCUCCUGGCCUCCCUGUCUUUGCCCAGCUGGGGCCGGGCCGAGCUGGUGGUCUCCUUGAUGCUGGAGCAGCCGAACGAAGGCUGGGAGCUCUCAGACAUCGUGGAAGCCGUCAAGGCCUCCCCGAACCGCGACUUCAUCAAACGCUUGCUCAGCUGGGAGUGCGCCGUCUGCAGCCUGGCUUUGCCGCGGAACAAGUUGCGCAGUUGUUUGGAUCAAGAGACAUACGACCUCUUCCAUAAGAAGCUGACGGAACACGUCCUUAUGCAGGACCCCAAGUUCCAGUGGUGCACCCAUUGCUCUUUCGGCUUCAUUUACGAAUCGGAGCAGCUGGAAGCCAAAUGCCCACAAUGCCGGAAAUGUUUCUGUGUCCUUUGCAAGCGCCAGUGGGAGCCACAGCAUCAGGGCAUCACCUGCGAAGCCUUCCUGGAAUGGAAGCGAACCAACGACCCCGAAUACCAGGCGCAAGGCUUGGCGAUGUAUCUCCAGGAGAAUGGCAUCGCUUGUCCCAAAUGCAAGUUCUCGUAUGCCUUGGCUCGAGGGGGAUGCAUGCACUUCCAGUGUUCGCAGUGCAGGCACCAUUUCUGCAGUGGCUGUUACGGCACCUUUUAUGCCUCAAAUAAGUGUCCAAUCCCGCACUGCCCGAUCAGGCGGUCCCUACAUGGCCACCAUCCACGUGACUGCCUCUUCUACCUGCGCGAUUGGUCCGUGCCACGUCUCCAGAAGCUCCUCCAGGAUAACAACAUUGCUUUCAACACGGACCCUCCAGCAGGCACUCGGGCCACUCCCGGAG